CAACCCAGAGCCGCAGAGACCUGCCCUGCGAUCUUACCUCAGCUCCUUCUCUCCCCGGGGUGAAGGUGGGUCCAGACCCGCCCCUCCUCGGCUUCCUAUAAGUACUGGGAACCUGGGGCUGCUGGGUCACACACCAUGAGGCCUUCCGUGACACCGAGCGCCUUCCUGCUGGCCUUCACGCUGCUGGGCACCCUGCUGGGUCUCGAGGGCCACCACUCAGUGAACAGCUACAAGGCCUGCAUGAAGUUCAGCGACUGCUACUCGGGUUUCGUGUCCACCACCAUGGGCCCCAAGGACUACAUGGUGUCCAACACGCACUGCUGCCAGAGUGACGGCUGCAAUCAGGGCUCGGUGCCCCCUCCCCAGAACAACCGUACUGAGAAUGGCCUCCAGUGUCCCGCCUGCAUCGUACCCUUCCAGGAGACGUGCCCGGGGACCCAGGCAGCCCGCUGUGUCGGCCAGGAAACCCACUGCAUCUACUUCGCUGGCAGAGUGCAGGCUGGUAUCAUCAACACCAGGUUUGCCACUCGAGGCUGUGCCACAGAGAGUGCCUGCAAUACCAAGCCUGGCGCCGAGGUGCCCUCAGCCUCCUAUCUCUACUUCCUCCGCCGAGCAGACUGCCUUCCAGCCCCCCAGAUCUCUGGCAGGGGCGAGUGAAGAACUGAGGAAGGGGUGGCUUGAGGUCCCCAUCUGUCCUCAGCCUGCAGCUCCCUGUGUGCCUACAAUUAAACAGAUUAACUGAG